GCUUUCGUUUCCCUUUCGUUGCUGUUGUGGAUGUUGCCCCGGCCACCCUCCUUCGAAGGUAGGUGCCUUUGCGCGCCCGUCGCCCCAUCCUCUCCCCUGCUUCUGCGGCUGUCCCUCCCUCUUCUCCGUCUGAACACCCCCCACACCCAGGAUUUCUUGCAGAGCACCCCCAGGAUAGAGGCGAUCGGACCGUUUUCGCCCCUUUCCCCGGUCCUCUUCUUCCUGCGAAUCCGGCGCGGCGUCGGAGUGGCCAAAAGCGCUUUCUACCGCUUCCGUGGCUGCCUUUUAGUCUUGCCUCCCCGUCAUUAGGCGCCCGGCCAGCCCCCUUUUCCUCGGGGCAGAUGGGAAUGCAAGGGUUUGCAAGCUUUCCGCACUUUUAAAAACCGGGCCCCACAUGUGAGGUCUGCUCGGAGCCAUCGCUGACCCGUUGCCGGAGCAGCUGUGCGCCCUUAGCAACGCCCCAGCCUGCUUUUCCAAGGCCGAAGAGCAAGUUUCUGCAACCCGGGCGCUUCCGAUCCCCGAUCCCUUUUGCUGAUUGCUUCACUGCUUCCCAAGUUCAGAUCGCCCAGGGAGCAGCCGCCAGCCAGACCCCCAGCGUUACUGCACGCCGAAAUUUGUGAAUGAAAUCCCGCAGGCUUCACAUGCAAGGCUUGCCCACCCCUCUGCUCUAGAUCUGCCUCGCCCAACCUGGUGCUCUCCACAGUUUUUGCGCUACAAUUCCCAUCUGCCCCAAACAUCUGGUUGGGUAAUCUCGCAUCAACUUGGAGGCGUGUAGUGCUUUGCUACAGAAUCCGGAAGUACAGUGGUACCUUGGGUAACAUACGCUUCAGGUUACAUACGCUUCAGGUUACAGACUCCGCUAACCCAGAAAUAGUACCUCGGGUUAAGAACUUUGCUUCAAGAUGAGAACAGAAAUCGUGCUCCGGCGGCACGGCGGCAGCUGGAGGCCCCAUUAGCUAAAGUGGUGCUUCAGGUUAAGAACAGUUUCAGGUUAAGAACGGACCUCUGGAACGAAUUAAGUACUUAACCCGAGGUACCACUGUAGUCUGAAUCGUUGCUUCUGGCUUGAGUUCACUAAAGCGUCUCCCCAUCUGCAUUACAGGAUUAUUUGCAAAGCUUGCAGCCAGCUGUGUAUGUGAUCGAGCGCUUCCAAAGUGCUACUACCAGCAAUGAAUUAAUUAGCAACAAUUCUGCUUUAAUGAAUUAUCAUCUGGCUUCGUAGACAUUCAUUUAUGUGAGUUUAAAAACACCAGCAACACUUGUGUGCUUUGCAUGUGACUUUAAAAGCUUUCUGGAAAGUUUACACUGAACAGCCAAGUAUACAACUUUUUCAGUAAAACCACAUUUUUCAAAGAAACGGCAAGCUUUUCACAAAUGGUUAAAAGCUCUGAUAAAGCGCAAUGGAACUUCCCUUUUCCUCAUAUCCCCACGUCCCCCCCCACCCCCAGAUCUGUUCUGGGGAUUUACGCAAGCCGCCAGAGCAGAUUGUGGGGAAUAGGGAGAGGUGAGAGGGAUUACACCCUAUUGUGCAGGUAUAAGACUUUGUACCAACAGAACAACUUACUUGGAUAGAACUCACAGUUUUGUGGUUUCCGUUAAGCUUGCUGGAAUCAAAUGGCCUUCCUCAGCUUCUUGAAGUUCAUAAAUGUAAGGCUGGUUGCAUCUCUUUGGAUGGGUGCCACGACUGGAAAGGCCCUGCUUUUUGUGCCAGGCAGACUUAACGAAUUUCUUUGAAUUCUGAUGGGAGGGCGUUCCACAGGGCGGGUGCCACUACCGAGAAGGCCCUCUGCCUGGUUCCCUGUAGCUUUGCUUCUCGCAGGGAGGGAACCGACAGAAGGCCCUCAGAGCUGGACCUCAGUGUCCAGGUAGAACGAUGGGGGUGGAGACGCUCCUUCAGAUAUACUGGACCGAGGCUGUUUAGGGCUUUAAAGGUCAGCCCCAACCCUUUGAAUUGUGAUUGGAAACGUACUGGGAGCCAAUGUAGGUCUUUCAAGACUGGUGUUAUGUGGCCACUCCCAGUCAUCAGUCUAGAUGCCGUAUUCUGGAUUAGUUGUAGUUUCCGGGUCACCUUCAAAGGUAGCCCCACAUAGAGUGCAUUGCAGUAGUCUAAGCGAGAGAUAAUUAGAGCAUACACCACUCUGGCGAGACAGUCCGCGGGCAGAUAGGGUCUCAGCCUGCGUACCAGAUGGAGCUGGUAGACAGCUGCCCUGGACACAGAAUUGACCUGCGCCUCCAUGGGCAGCUAUGAGUUCAAAAUGACUCCCAGGCUGCGCACCUGGUCCUUCAGGGGCACAGUUACCCCAUUCAGGACCAGGGAAUCCUCCACACCUGCCCGCCCCCUGUCCCCCCCAAAACAGUACUUCUGUCUUGUCAGGAUUCAACCUCAAUCUUUUAGCCACCAUCCAUCUGCCUCCAGGCACUCACACAGGACCUUCACCGCCUUCACUGGUUCUGAUUUGAAAGAGAGGUAGAGCUGAGUAUCAUCUGCAUACUGAUGAACACCCUGCCCAAACCUCCUGAUGAUCUCUCCCAGCGGCUGCAUAUAGAUGUUGAAAAGCAUAAAAUUAUUGUGAGGUUUAAUAAGUUAACUGUUUCUAUUUAGACAACUUUUCUGCUGUACUCUAUUGGAAGGAGAAAAAUAAUCAUUAGUAACAAUCUAAACAAUUUAUUCAACUAAACCAAUAACAUUAUAGCAUAUGUAUCCAUGUUUGUUAACUGAUGUGGUUAAACGAUUUAUUUUUUAAAAAAGAAAAACUUAGACUGAGUUUUAGCACACAUGAAAAACUUAAAACAAACCCUCAUUUCCUGAUGAAUAGCCUUUGGACUAUAAUGUAACUAAAAUAGAAAACUAUCAUUAGUUUUUUCCUCCAAAAGCAUUUUAUUUUAAAAAUCUGAUUUAAAUAAAAAAAAAUCCGAUUUAAGUUUUUAAAAAACCCAAUUUAAAUAUUAAAAAAAACUGUUUGAAAUUCUGGCUCAGUCAUCCUCCGCCAUGGAGGUGCUGUGGAAUUGUUGGGGUCAAGGUAACCAUUGACAGGGGAUUUGAAGAACAAAAUGAAAGGUGACCUGGUCCUUCUUAUUGUUCUGGAAAAACUGUGGCCUUUUUUGCGCUUAUAAUCCCUUAAUGCUGUACAAACAUGACCCUGCUUUCUUGACCUUCCUUCUGGGGGUGGGGGACUCAGGUUCGCUGCCCCUGUCACUGUAUUCCAUUUCGGCUUAAUGAGGUUUUUGUUUCUUAAAUAAUAAUAAUAAUAAAAAAGAAUAUUUGAAAGCCCUGAGGCACCAUGAAUAUUUAUAGCAGGCGCAAACACCCCCGUUGCAUGUUAAUGGGCUCUCUGGUGAAUAAUGCAAGAGUCUAGAGUCGAGCUUGGCAUCUGCGCCGGGUCAAGAAGGCCUUUGAGGGAGCUGACAAAAUGGCUCCUCGCCCGCAAGAUGCGAGGCAAAGCCUUCUCUCGCUGCAUUAUUCAUGCCACCGUCGGCUUUGCAGACAGGCCUGGCUGGGUCAGCUAACAGAGUCCCGUUUGUUUGCCUCUGUGGCGAGCCGACAAAAUGUGGCGGACGUCUGGCCGGGGGAUAAAUUGGGCAGGGGGAGGGGAGUAGGCAUUUGCCCCUGACAAGCUGGUGAGGCAAAAUUUUAAAUUUCCUUCCUUAAAAAAAAGACACACACCAUACCCAACAAGGCUGAGAAGUAUUCUCUUGCACAACAACCAACAUCUGAAGAUAAUUCGCCUCUCAGCUGCACAUCUUUUCGCAGGUUGGCAGCCGUGGGGCAAGGCAAAAGCGAUAUUAUCUCUGCAUUUAUGUUUGAGGCUGAAGGGGGAGCAGUUAUUGGGUUGUUGUUUUUAUUUUGACUACAGUUGGUACCUUGGUUCUCAAACUGAAUCUGUUCCAGAAGUCCAUUCCAAAACCAAGGUGUGCUUUCCCAUAGAAAGUACCGUAUUUUUCGUCCCAUAGGACGCUCCGUCCCAUAGGACGCACCUAGUUUUUUGGGGGGGAAUAAGGGGGAAAAAAUUCCCUUUAUUUCCCCCCCCCAAAACCAGGUCGGGGAACAGCGGGAUGGCGGCGCUGCGCCUCCCCGCUGUCCCCCGAGCUUGUGGGGCUGGCGGAUAUCUGCCCGAAGCGCGGGGCGCUCUGCUUCAGCGCGCUCCAUGCAGCAGGCUGCUAUCCGCAGCCUAGGGAGCCCUGCGGAAACUCCCGCAGGGCUCCCCAGGCUGCGGAUAUCUGCCUGGUACGCGGGGUUCUCUGCUUCAGGGCGCCUUGCGCGCCGGGCGGCAGGCUGCUAUCCGCAGCGUGGGGAGCCCUGUGGGAACUCCCGCGGGCUCCCCAGGCUUGCGGAUGUCUUCCUGAAGCCUGGAGAGCGAGAGGGGUCGGUGCGCACCGACCCGUCUCGCUCUCCAAGCUUCAGCGAAAGCCUGUAUUCGCCCCAUAGGACGCACACAGAUUUCCCCUUCAUUUUUGGAGGGGAAAAAGUGCGUCCUAUAGGGCGAAAAAUACGGUAAUUCAAAAUGGAUUAAUCCGUUCCAGACUUUUAAAAACAACCCCUAAAACCUCAAUUUAACAUGAGUUUUACUAUCUAAUGAGACCAUUGAUCCAUAAAAUGAAAGCAGUAAACUAUAUGUACUGCAGUCAGUCAGUCAGUAGCUGAACAGGGUUCCACAUAGUCACAAAAAAGCCGCAAAAACAAAAAUGCAAAAUAAAUAGCAAAAACAGACCUCAGCGUAACACUCAAAACGGAGCAUGUUCGGCUUCCAAAAAAAGUUUGUAAACCGGAACAUUUACUUCCAGGUUUGCAGUGUUUUGGUUCCAAGUUGUUUGAGUACCAAGGCAUUUGAGAACCAAGGUGCCACUGUAGAUAUAUUGUGGUUUUUAUGUUGAUCCUUUCUUUGAACCGCCCUGAGACCUCUGGGUAUAGGGCAGUAUAUAAAUUCAAUAAAUAAUAAUAAUAAUAAUAAUAAUAAUAAUAAUAAUAAAUAAUAUUGAACUUUUGGGUGUGCCAAAAAAAGAUGGCAAAUGCUUCCAUUUCCCCCAAAUCGUGUGCUUCGUUUCCAACAGGAAAAGGUUGCAAGGGGAGUAUUUCCCACCUCCCUGCCUCAUCCUCUGUUCAAAACAUUUGUGGAGGUUGAAUUUUGCAGGUCAGCUGCCUAGAAAUGUCUCUGGAGAUUUUAUAUCUCUUGAACGGGGUGUGAGUUAUUUCCACCCCAAGGACGGUCUUCCUCUAGAUAUCUGUCUUGAAGCUGCCACCGCCCAGCAGAGAUAAUGGAGGGGUCAUAGUUCUGUGCUGGUGCAUCAGCCUUGAACACAGAAGAUUUCAUUCCCAGCAUCUCCUAGGAUAGCUAGCAGUGUCUGCUGUCUGAAACCCUGGAGAGCUGGUUGCUGGUCAGACAAGGCUGAGCUAGGUGGAUCAAUGGUUUUGAGUUGUGUAAGGCAGAAUCUUGUGUUCCUAGGCCCCAGCACAUCCUGGUUUCAUAUAGACAAGACUUGGUUGUUCACAAAUGCUGAUGAUUUUAUAUUUUAUAUUUUACAGUGGUACCUCGGGUUACAUACGCUUCAGGUUACAUACGCUUCAGGUUACAGACGCCGCUAACCUUGAAAUAGUGCUUAAGGUUAAAAACUUUGCUUCAGGAUAAGAACAGAAAUCGGGCUCCGGCGGCGCAGCAGCAGCAGGAGGCCCCAUUAGCUAAAGUGGUGCUUCAGGUUAAGAACAGUUUCUGGUUAAGAACGGUCCUCCGGAAUGAAUUAAGUACUUAACUCGAGGUACCACUGUAUAUUUUAUAUUUUAUAUUUUAUUUUGACCAAGUAAUAACCAUAAAUAAAUAAGAAUAAAAAUGUGCACACACACCCAUUAUAACUAUCCAACCUCUCAAAAUUUCAACACCUCUUGCGAUGGUUUGAUUCUACAAACACCUUCCAUAUCUUCUCAAAAUCAUUUCUCCUGCCUAUUCCCCAUCUUACCAUAAUGGCACAUUUUAAUUUAUCAUUAAUAGCUAUAUCCCACACCUCUUUGGAUCGUUUUUCCAUUUUAUAUUCUGCUUGCCCCUUCCACUUCCUGGCUAUCACUAUACGUGCAGCUGUCAAUAAAUUUGUGAGCAGGUCCUUCCUAGCCUGCGAACCUUCCACCCCAUUGUAAAUUGAUGAUAAUGCAACCUCUGGACUUCUGGUCAGCUUUAACCCAGCGAUUUCUGUUAUCUCCUUAAACACCUUUUACCCCCCAAAAAGGGUACAUAUUUACACCCCCACCACAUGUGAAUAUAAUUCCCUGUUUCCUGGCAUCCUCUCCAACAUAGCACCGAAUAAUGCUGCUGAUUUCUUUAAAAAAAUAUAUAUUAACAAUUUCAACAAAAUAUCAAAACAUCUCAUUAUUUUCCCCCUUUUCCCCCACCUCCCCAUCGAACUCCCCCCAGACUUCCCUCAGCUCCUCUUUCUGAUUUCUCAACUCGUAUUGUCCACUGCAUACUGUAAAAUUGUAUAAAUCCUUAUAUUAUCUGUCUACUAUGUUAACAAUCAAUAAAUUUGUAUAUGUUUAUUCAAAACCUGCCAAGGAGUCCAAUUCAUUUUGUUGUCUUUUCAAGUAGUUUGUAAAAAGUUCCCAUUCUUCUUUGAAGUCACAGUUGUCUUUAUCUCACAAUUUGUAUGUCAGUUUAGCCAGUUCUGCAUAGUUCAUCAAUUUGUCUUGCCACUGUUUUGUCGGGGUUUCCUCUUCUUCCAUCCUUGUGCUAUCAAGACACUUGCCGCUGUUGUAGCAUACAUAAAUAAGUUCUUUAUUUUCCUUGGCAGGCCUUGUCCUACAAUCCCUAACAAAAAUGCUUCUGGGUUUUUUACAACAUUUUCUUCAAUUCAUUAUAUAUCAUUUCCCAAAAUUUCCAGAAUAAUGCUGAUGAUUUCUGAGCCUCCUUCAAACAUGGUUAAACUAUUGGUUGACGCUUAGGUUUCCUCUACAGGUUUGGCAGCAUGUCUACCUGCCGUACCGUUUGCGUCCGAGGCUACCCUGCCGACUUACCGCCGGAGCGUGUGUCCGACAAGCUGAUGAUCCACUUUCUGCGAGCACGCAAUGGAGGUGGAGAAAUUGCCAGCAUUGAAUUUCCACCCGAAUCCCCAGGCUGUGCUAUGGUUACCUUUGAGGAUGCAACAGGUCACUAGAUGAGGAGCAAAAUUGUUUGGUAUACUGGUGGGGCGGGGAGUGGGUAGCUUACAGGUGAAACUCGGAAAAUUAGAAUAUUGUGGAAAAGUUCAUUUAUUUCAGUAAUUCAACUUAAAAGGUGAAACUAAUAUACUGUGCUUCAUUAAGUCCAGGGUCAACGCAGCCGUCUACCAGGAGAUUUUGGAGCACUUCAUGCUUCCUUCCGCAGACAAGCUUUAUGGGGAUGCUGAUUUCAUUUUCCCGUAGGACUUUGUCACCUGCCCACACUGCCAAAAGUACCAAAACCUGGUUCAAUGGACAUGGGAUUACUGUGCUUGAUCGGCCAGCAAACCCGCCUGACCUGAACCCCAUAGAGAAUCUAUGGGGCAUUGCCAAGAGAAAGAUGAGAGACAUGAAACCAAGCAAUGCAGAAGAGCUGAAGGCUGCUAUUGAGGCAUCCUGGUCUUCCAUAACACCUCAGCAGUGCCACAGGCUGAUAGCAUCCAUGCCACACCGCAUUGAGGCAGUAAUUGAUGCAAAAGGCCCAAACCAAGUACUGAGUACAUGUGCAUGCUUCUACUUCUCAGAGGUCCAAUAUUGCUCUAUUUGCAGUCCUUGUUUUGCUGAUUUCAUUUAAUAUUCUAAUUUUCUGAGAUUGUUAAUUUGGGGUUUUCAUCAGCUGUACUCCAUAAACAUCACAAUUAUAACAAAUAAUGGCUUGAUAUAUCUCGCUUUGCAUGUCAUGAGUUUAUCUCAUAUAUUAGUUUCACCUUUUAAGUUGAAUUGCUGAAAUAAAUGAACUUUUCCACAAUACUCUAAUUUUCCGAGUUUCACCUGUAUGUUCAUAUAUAAAACUGAACGUACGAGUGCGGUGGUACCAUUAGGAAACUUGUGGCCACCUUCACACCAUACACUGAAAGAACCAUGACACCACUUCAAAUGGUGACAGCUUCCCCCACAGAAUCCUGGGAACUGUAGUUUGCUAAGGGUGCUGGGAGCUGUUAUGAGACCCCCCUUCCCCUCCCAGAGUUACAAUUCCCACAGCGAUCUAACAAUAAUGCCUCCUGACAGAGAUUUCUUGAGAAUUGUAGCUCUGUGAGGAGGAAAGGCUUAUCCAAAGAACUAAUCGCAGAAAUAUAGACGUAACACGUAGGCUAAUAACUGUUAAAUCAUAUGUAACAGAAUAAUGAUAUCAUUCAAAAGGUAGAAAUAAAUAUAUUGGAGUUCAUAUAUACAGUGUAACAGACUAGUGGUGCAGAACAUCAAGGCAUGUGUUCAAGAUAGGCGUCAAAGGUCAGUCUCACAAUGGUUAUUCAAAGGUUCAACAAAUGACGUCUCAAAAGUCUAAAAAGUAAGGUUUUCUCAAAUGUUUUUCAAAAGUUCCAAUGGAAGACGUCCUAAAAGUCUCAAGGACAGUGUUUCCGGAAUGAUACUACUGUUUCGUGAUAGUCUUCCAUUAGCUGAAAAUACAGUACAAAGCAUACAACCAAUUAAUGAUAACAGAAUUGAGCUACCCACAUACACAUUAUAUAUUAAAACAGAAUAUACAAAACAAAGUGUAUAAAGAAAGGUACGUACCCAAUAUUUUUCACAAAAAUAUGUAAGUAAGAUUCAUAAGAACUGUCAGCACCCUUAACAAACUACAUCUCCCAGAAUUCUUUGGGAGGAAGCCAUGGUUGCUUAAAGUGGGGUCAUCGUGCUUUGAAUAUAUGGUGUGAGUGUGGCCUGUAUGUGUCAUUUUCUCUUGCACAUAGAGAUGGUUAAAUUUUACAUCAUGUCUGCAAACCAGUUGAACAGCUCCCAAUUUUUGCACUGUAAAUUUCCAGGCGCGAAUCCCACAUUGCAGAAUUUGUAAGAUGUUUCCUCCUUAAACGUUGCAAGUUCUUGCUGGAAUAUUAGUGGAGCUUUGAGAAAUCUUACAUGGCUUCCCUUUUCUCAACAACAUAAAAAACGGGUUUGAAAGAUGACAGUGACCCAGAGAGAAUCUGGUGUUGGACUGCAGGGAAAAUGGAUAACUGGUUUUCAAGUCAGUUUGAGGGGCUUGAAAUGCAAAUCUUUCUGGGCAAGCAAAAGCACUGUGCUAACUUUCUCCUUCUUACCAUUAGUGCACCCACAAGCUAAAAUCAUAGAAGGGGCGACAAGGGUCAUCUAGUCCAACCCACCUGCAAUUCAGAAUCUUUUGCCCAGUGUCAGCUUGAACCCAUGACUCUUGAGUGUCUCAUGCUUUACCGACUGAGCCAUUCUGCUCUGGAAACGAAAAAUCUGCGCAAGCUGAAAAGAUUCAGUUGUAUAGACAGAAUCUUUAAUUUCAGAAUUUUGAAAUGUGAAUUUUGAGUUGAGGAUUUCGGGAAGCAACACUGAGAAUUUGAGUAACAAACAAAGGACUGAGAAAGGUGGAACAGAAGUGUGUGGAAAGCAAAUGCAAUGAGAUUUUGCCCUGUCUCCCAAGUUUGUUGGUGAGGGUGUGAGUUGUUGCUAGUUUCUGUUGAUUGCUGUUUUUUUCCUCAUUCAGUGACUCAGCAGGUACUGAAGGUCAAAAAGCAUGUAUUGACAGUCAACGGGACCGCCUACCCUUUGGAAGUGACACAGAGCGCCGCUGAAUUGAACCCCAAUGAGGUAAUAAAGAGGCUGAGAAGGCUGUUGUCAGGGUGAGGGAGCUGAACUUUGCAGGUGCAUAAAGGUAAAGGGACCCUUGACCAUUAGGUCCAGUCGUGGCCGACUCUGGGGUUGUGACGCUCAUCUUGCUUUACUGGCCGAGGGAGCCGGCGUACAGCUUCCAGGUCAUGUGGCCAGCAUGACUAAGCCGCUUCUGGCGAACCAGAGCAGCGCACGGAAACGCCAUUUACCUUCCCGCCAGAGUAGUACCUAUUUAUCUACUUGCACUUUGACGUGCUUUCGAACUGGUAGGUUGGCAGGAGCAGGGACCGAACAACGGGAGCUCACCCCGUCGCGGGGAUUCAAACCACCGACCUUCUGAUCGGCAAGUCCUAGGCUCUGUGAUUUAACCCACAGCGCCACCCGUGUCCCUUGCAGAUGCAUAGACUGGCACAAAAGAAAAGGCUCAUCGUGGAAACCCCAAUUCUGCAAUCUGAUCAGAUCACGCAGAUUAAACAAGCUUGCAUAACGAUGUUUUGCUAGCCUUGUGACAUAGAAAGCAAUAGCGAUGAGCACCACUUACCCCGCACAUAUGCUCUGCGUAACACAUGCCCACUCACCAUAAGGGCAAGACACUUGUUUUCGUUUCAUUUUUAAUGUGAACACUGUUAUGUAGUAGGUUUCCUGUGUUCUAAACCUUUUAGUUUCUGAGUCAUUAGUUUUCAUUGCCACACUUUAAAAUAUAUUUUUUAUACAUUUUUAUUAGUUUUUUAACAUACCAUUUCCAGCAAUCAUUUAACAUAACUUCUUAUCUUAUACAAUAUUUUAGACUUCUGUCAACAACCUCUGAUGAUUUUCCAUUCUUUAUCACUUAUUCUGCAUUUCUUAAUUUCUGUAUUACUCUUAAUUACCACUAACUAAUAAUUCUCCUCGUAGUCUUUCUUGCAAUAUUUCAAAUAGUCCUCAUUACAAAACUUCUUGCAAUCCUACUAGCGUAAUCUGUUCAUUACAGUUGCUUUUCAAAUAAUUCAUAUAUUUACUCCAAUCUCCUAAGAAUCUCUGGUCCUGCAGGUUCCGAAUCCUUCCUGUUAAUUUAUCUAAUUCUGCUUAGUCCAUUAAUUUCAUUCACCAUUCUUCUUUCGUCGGUAAUUCCUCUUGCUUCCAUUUUUGUGCCAGCCACACUUUUAAAUAUUAUCUCUACUGCCACUGCCACCCCACCCCCCUUUUCUGCAUGGAAGGUAGGAUGUUCGCUUCGUGGCACAUAUUCGGGUCAUAGCUGUCAACCGUCCCUUAAACCGUCCCAUGAGCUUAUUUGGCGGGAAAGUCCCUCAUCUCAGCGCCGUGUCCCGCCGCUAUCCCUUAUUGAUGAUGUCCCUUACAUUUCCUGGGUUUCAAAGGAAGCAGCUCCUCUCCCUCCCUCCCUGCCGGCCAGGGAGGAGGGAGGCUCCAACUGUGUUGCUUGGCUGCGUUGCUCACCCAAUAAGGAGUCUGAGAACGACUGGGGGGUGAAGCUUGCAUGCCUUGUGCCGAUCAAAUCGGCCGCGUUGCCUGAGGACUUGCCUUUGCUCAGCGCUUCCCAGCAGAGAGGUGAUGGUGGUUUUCCUUGCUGCAUCCCCUUUGCCGGGUUGCUGCACAGUGGGAACCACGACUUGAGGCUUCGUUUGGCUGCUGGCUGGGCUUUCUGCCUUUGGCUUGGAGGGACUCAGAAGUUGAACAUACCUGUGGCUGCUGAUCCCUUAAUUUCGAGGUCCCUUAUUUUCAAAUCUGCAAGUUGACAGCUAUGAUUCAAGUGCCCCAAGCACUUUGCUUGAAUCUAGAGUUUUUCUGCCCCACAGAGCUGAAUGCUGUAUUCUCAUAAAUACUAUGUGCUGAAGUGGUUAUCUAAAAAAGGCAUAGUUCAUAGAAGUAGGAUGCACAAUGCCUGGUUUCCCUCUUGCAGCGAGGACACUGUUAAGUGUAACAUGUGGAUGCAGUCUUUGGGCAAGAGUUGUGUUUCCGUUGUACCAAGCGUGCAAAAGUACAUGGCCGUGGGGCGAAGAGGAGCUGCAUCCCAUGCACUUAGGCACUGUUUAUCUGCAGCUGGGAGGAGCGGGUGGCGCUGUGGUCUAAACCACUGAGCCUCUUGGGCUUGCCGAUCGGAAGGUUGGCGGUUCGAAUCCCCGCGAUUGGUUGAGCUCCCGUUGCUCGGUCCCUGCUCCUGCCAACCUAGCAGUUCAAAAGCACACCAGUGCAAGUAGAUAAAUAGGUACCGCUGUGGCAGGAAGGUAAACGGUGUUUCCGUGCACUGCUCUGGUUCGCCAGAAGCGGCUUAGUCAUGCUGGCCACAUGACCCGGAAGCUGUACGCCGGCUCCCUCGGCCUGAAAGCGAGAUGAGCGCCGCAACCCCCUAGUCGCCUUUGACUGGACUUAACCAUCCAGGGGUCCUUUACCUUUUUUUUUUUUAAUCUGCAGCUCACUCCCCUUCUGUGGGAGCUCACAAGGACUCAGCUCUGGAGCCUAAUUUCGGAAUGCCUUUGAAACAGGUGGCAGCAUAAUUAAAAAUCAUUGUGAUCCAGAGUUUUAUUCAGAACAUGUACAUUAAAAAAAGGAGAGUCUUUUGAGUGGAACAAAAUGAAGGUCUUUUUAAAUGCAAGUGGAUGGAUCGUGAUUGUGCUGAUUUCCCUUAAAAACUCCAGUCUUUGGUGUUCUUCCCUGAAUGAAAGACCGCCACCAGCAGCUUUCUUGAGACAGGGGGUGCAGAACUAAUCACUAUAUUAUCUUUAAAUAACACAACUGAGAUAUUUCUAAAAUGGGUGGCAGGGGGCUGGCUUUUUCUUAAGGUCACCGCAGUGUAGCAUCUCCCUUGAUGGGGAAAUGGAUAUCCUUGCAACAGAAGCCCAGCCUCUAGGGCAGUGAUGGGCAAACUUGGCCCUCCAGCUGUUUUGGGACUACAAUUCCCAUCGGUAUGGCAGUUAGCUAGGGAUGAUGGGAGUUGUAGUCCAAAAACAGGUUUAGGGCCAAGUUUGGCCAUCACCGCUCUAGGGACAAAGUCUGGAAUGUGUGCAACACAUGAGUAAUAACUGCAUUCAUUGGCCUGAAAGUUGAUUAUGUCGACUGGGCCAGUAUCCUUCCCUUUGGCAACUUUGGUGGUAACUGUGGUGGAAAAGGAACAGUUUCUGUUGCAGCAGCAAAUGCCUCUUUUUCUUGACUCUGCUUGCUGAAUUACUGACCGGUCUUCACAUCCAGUGUUUAUCCUGUCUGUCCAAAAUCUUCACAAGCAUCUGUGCUUUAUAAUCCAAUGAUAAGGAUUAUCAUUGUCUUUAUUAUUAUUAUAAUAAUAAUUUAAUAAUAAUAAUUUAUUAUUUAUACCCGACCAUCUGGCUGGGCUUCCCCGGCCACUCUGGGCGGCUUCCAAAAGAAUAUUAAAAUACUAUAAUACAUCAAACCUUAAAAGCUUCCCGAAACAGGGCUGCCUUCAGAUGUCUUCUAAAAGCCUGGUAGUUGUUGUUCUCUUUGACAUCUGGUAGGAGGGCGUUCCACAGGGCGGGCGCCACUACCGAGAAGGCCCUCUGCCUGGUUCCCUGUAACUUGGCUUCUCACAGCGAGGGACCCGCCAGAAGGCCCUCGGUGCUGGACCUCAGUGUCCGGGUAGAAUGAUGGGGGUGGAGACGCUCCUUCAGAUAUACUGGACCAAGGCCGUUUAGGGCUUUAAAGGUCAGCCCCAACACUUUGAAUUGUGAUUGGAAACGUACUGGGAGCCAAUGUAGGUCUUUCAAGACUGGUGUUAUGUGGUCUUGGCGGCCGCUCCCAGUCAUCAGUCUAGAUGCCGUAUUCUGGAUUAGUUGUAGUUUCCGGGUCACCUUCAAAGGUAGCCCCACAUAGAGCACAUUGCAGUAGUCCAAGGUCAGCACCAACACUUAUUAUUUAAAAAGAAAGCUGCCAAACCCAUUAUUAACAGUUUGGCAGGGUCAGUGGAGACUGCUUUUGGCUGAGUAGCACAAUACUUUCAAACAGAGAAAAGGGCCAUAACCAGGGGGUUUUUUUAGCCAGAACUUUCCGGCACCUCUCAGGUGAGCGCCAUUGUUAUUCUAAGAGAACAAGGGAGGCGUUCGUGGUGUGUUACGGCACCUCUUUUUCUAGGAAAAUAGCACUGGUUAUAACUCUGCAAGAAGAAUAUUGUUAAUAAUAAAUAAUAAUAAAUAAUAAUAAUAAUUUUAUUUACACCCUGCCCUCCCCGGCCAGAGCUGGGCUCAGGGUGGCUAACACCAAUAAAAUCACAGUAAAAACAUAAUAGGGGGAAAAGAGAGGGGGGGAAACCCAAUUUAAAAUACAGCUAAAAUGCAAUUUAAAAUACAGUCAAAGAGGGGUUUGGUGACUUUUUGUGUGUUUUUUUAAAAAGAAAACCUUACACAGUGCUGAAGUUCUUGCAGUGUUUUGCAUGAACACAGAACAGCCUUCAUAAGCUGAUACAGCCAACAUCUUUUGGAGGUGAGUGGGAAGAACUUGUAGCGUUUUCUAACUUGAUGCUGAAACUGAGGCAUGAUCUUCUCUCCAGCUGGUUGCAUGCAUGCAGGGUUAUGGUUAGUGUGUGCUAGAAAGCAGGAAAACAAACCCCCCCCCUUUGGAGGGGGUCAGUGAAUGCACUUACUGGCAGUGUAAGUUUCAUGUCUGCAUGGGUUAUGCAAAAUGUGCUUUCUAAAAGUUCCAGCAGUCAGACUGGCCACACUUAGAGAGCCAGCAAAGCGCUGGGUAUGGAUUAUGGAGAUCUGCUCAGCCUUGCAAGGUUGAACUGCUGUUGUUUUUCCCCCUCUCAAAAGUCAGUUCACCUCAAAACCUGGUUCCAAUCUAUGAAACUGCAACAGGUUAACCUCCUGUAAUCAGCCCCUGAGGAAGAGCAGGGACGCAAAGGAACAUCUGAAUUCAUCUUUAGAAAUUUAGUAGUUGGGAAAGUUGCUGUGAGCAGCUCUGUCCACAGAGUGGCAACAAAAGACAACUUUUAAAAGAAUAUUAUCUUUGUUACGGGGUGGUUGUGUUGUGGGUCGGAACCCAUCAUUUGUAAUACGUUUAAGCACAGACAGAGGGCAUUUCUAAGCCUACUGAGUAACUACAAGUUGAUUUUACACAUCUGGGAUUAUGGAGCCCGUAAAUGCUGUUUAGACGGAAGGUUCCCUGCUCACAUUUUCUGCCAGCUGAAUUGUUUGGUGUUGAUUCAUUGGAGUCACUGGACUUUGGAGCGACUAUUUACUCAGUAGAGCUGGAAGUGCACUUUGAACAUGCUCACGCACACACACUAUGCAAUGGGGUUUUUUGAUUGUGCGCCAUGAGCACUAUUGAAUCAUAGAAUCAUAGACUUGUGGAGUUGGAAGGGACCCCGAGUGGCAUCUAGUCCAGCCCUCCUGCAAUGCAGGAAUCUCAACUAAAGCAUCCAUGGCAGAUGGCCACCCAACUUCUGUUUAAAAACCUCCAAGGAAGGAGAGUCCACAACCUCCUGAGAGAGACCGCUCCACUGUCAAACAGCUCUCACUGUCAGAAAGUUCUUCCCAGUAUGUUUCUGAGCACAAUUCAAAGGAUUGGCGCUGACCUUUAAAGCCCUAAACGGCCUCGGUCCAAUAUACCUGAAGGAGCAUCUCCACCCCCAUCGUUCUGUCCAGCUCCAAGGGCCUUCUGGAGGUUCCCUCAUUGCGAGAAGUGAGGUUGCAGGGAACCAGGCAGAGGGCCUUUUCGGUAGUGGCGCCCGCCCUGUGGCACGCCCUCCCAGCAGAUGUCAAGGCAAUAAGCAACUAUUUUACUUUUAAAAGACAACUGAAGGCGGCCCUGUUUAGGGAAGUUUUUAAUGUCCAAUGCUGUAUUGUUUUUAAUAUUUGGUUGGAAGCCACUCAGAGUGCCUGGGGAAACCCAGCCAGAUGGGCGGGGUAUAAAUAAUAAAUGAUUAUGAUUGUGAUUAUCAUCAUCAUCAUCAUUAUUAUCAUUAUUAUUAUUAUUUCCAGACUCUUUUCUUGUAACUUGAAGCCAUUGGUUUGGGUCCUAGUCGUGCUUAAACUGGUCACUUUUAAAUUUGAAAAAAAGCAGGCAUAGGCCUCUGGAUCUGAAAAGCAUUUCUGAUGUGGAAUUCGGCUUCACCCAGUUUCCUGCCAGAUACCUCCCCUCUUGGCCCUGCUACGUGCCCCAUAGCUGUCAAGUGUCCCUUAUUUGAAGGGACAGUCCCUUAUUCCAGCGCCAUGUCCCACUGCUGUCCCUUAUUGAUAGAUGUCCCUUAAAUGUCCCUUAAAUGAUGUCCCUUAAAUUUCAAAGGAAGCAGCUCCUCUCCCUCCCUCCCUGCCAGCCAGGGAGGAGGGAGGUUCCAACUGUGUUGCUUGGCUGUGUUGCUCACCCAAUAAGAAGUCUAAGAACGACUGGGGGGUGGAGCUUGCAUGCCUUGUGUGUGGCUAGUUAAUGCAAGCUGAGGGGUUUUUGAAUGCUGGACGCCAUUUUGUUGCACGUGCUGCUGCAAACUUUGCAGUGCAAAGCCAGGCCGGGGAGCCAUCUUAAGUUGAGGCUGCAUAGGCCUUGUGGUGCAUGUGAUUCAGAUUCUAUUCAGUUGAACCUCUGGUUACAAAGUUGGUUGGGCAGUGUUCUCGAAGCUACCAGUAUGAGUUUGACCAGACUGCAGGAGGACAGGAAGACAGGAGUGCCUGGAACAGGUGAGGCUGCAGGUCCCUUAUUUUGGCUGCUGGUCCCUUAUUUUCAAAUCUGUAAGUUGACAGCUAUGACGUGCCCUUGAAGAUGCUCUUUCCUGCAAAUGGCACCUGUGGAGGCAAAUAGCAGGCAGGGAAGGGGUGAUUUUGUGCCCCAACCUGGUUCAGGAAUAGGGCCUGCAGCUGCUUUUCUUCCAAAUAAAAGUGACCAGUUUUAAGCAUCCUUUUUGAAAGUGCAAACAAUGUAAUUUUACCCUCAAAUAAGAAAAUGUGGAUUCUCAGGCCUGGAAUGCAUUCCAGUGAACUUCGUGGUUUGAGUUUUAAGCCUGAAAUGUGUACAUUGUGAAGGAAAAUAAAUUCCCUUAAGGACAAGAUGUUUCUGGGUGAGCCCAUUUGAUGUGGGCAGAGGGGCAAGCUCCUGACUUCUUUACAUCCUGAAUACUUUUGCUGUGGGGAUGGUCUUGGGAGUCAUUUUAACUUCUGAUUUUCUUUGUGGCAGCUCCAUGAUUGCAUGGGUAACUGCUCCCCCCCCCCCCAAAAAAAAGGUGGUCCUGAGUUCUGAAUCUGGCAAGGGAUUUCAUUUCCCUCUACCUUGUUUGUAAGCUCAUUUUUGGCAGCUUCUGAGCUGCUUUCCUGGUGACUCUCAAGCCCCUAAGUGGGAAACAAAGAGAGAAAUUAAAACCGAGUCCACAUUGCUGCCUUGGAGCCAGGCUUCUUUUCACCGCCUUGGCUUCUCCUACAGAGAACAUGCCCACAUUUCGUUGGAUGCCAGGAAUGGUCAGCCACCCUUAUCUUCUGAACAGAGGAAAGAUGCAAAGACCUUCUCUCUGUGAGCCAAUGAGUUAGUUGACAAAGGCACCUUUCCCCCAUUGAUGGGCAUUCCUGCACCAUUUUAUGGUCCUCGCUCGUUUUCUGGUUAACCAUGUAAAUCCUUUUGUGUUAUUCCACACCUCACAGCAGCGACUGGUGCCCCCCUGUUCUUUCUCAGAAUUCUAGCCCCCAAAGGUUGGCAGCCCCUGCUUUGAUAAUAAAUAAUAUUUUUUUUAUUGAUACCCCGCUCUUCCCGGUUCAGAAAACCGGGCUCAGGGCGGCUAACAACAAAUUUAAAACACUUAAUUGAUGCAACAAAAAACAGCAUAAAAUACAGUAUGAAACGUGAAUAACAAUAAAUUCAGAAUUCAAAAUCAAUUUAGGGGGGAAAUCCAUCCAAUAAACAUUAGAUGAUCACUAGGGCUAGCUGGCUAAAUUAGUCCUAUUUGGGCCAGCGAGGAGACCAGGGGAGAAUUAGCUGUGGGAUCCCAGAGCGGGUAAUCUUCAUAAAAAGGGGAGGGGAGGGAAGGAAGGGGAAUAAAAGAUCAGGCUAAGUUCAAAUUGAAAGCCAGGCGGAAUAGCUCUGUCUUGCAGGCCUGGCUUACCUAAGUGGCCAUUUUGUUUAUUUUUGUUCUUUCCUGGGCUGGUGUGGACCACCAUCAGCUGAGUUCCUUAAAGAACCAGGUGUUUUGAUUCCCCAUGGCUUGGCUUCCUAUCCACCUCUUGUUCUGGAAACCCUGAUGAGAGAGAGAUUUCUAGCCUAUGCUGAAGAAAACUGGGUUUACAUAGUUUGUCAUUUCUUUUUGUAAACCUGGCGUGAAGUCGGACCUUUGACAAAGGUUUUCUCUAAAUAAGCCUUCCAAACAACAGUAAAUCCUCUUCCACCAAGCCUGGCUGUGCUACCAGAAUUGAAAUCGGGGCAGGAAAAAUGAGUCUUGAGGCAACAAGAUUGCAGGUGGGGGGGGGGCAUGUUCAAUGUAGAAGAGAGGCUGACUCCUUUUGAUGUAAAAGGAGCACCAACACCCCUUUUUUAAUGUGUGAAUGGAACAGACAGGUGUCUGCCCUCAUCAUCCCAUUUAUUUUGGCCAACAAACAUUUUAUUACAGGUGUUUUAACAGGUGGCACUUAAAAGUUAACUGUCCAGGAACAUAAUGUCAGUUUGCAUUUCUUGAUCUGAGGUGUAGAGAUCUUUCAUAUUCUGAUUAAUUCAAGAGGGUUCUGGAAGCUUCUGUGUGUGAAAGGAACAAGCAGAAGGUUCAUGAGGUUUGGGUUAUACCUUCAGAGAAGCUGAGAACACCUGGCUUAAACUGGGUCUGUUACCUCUUUCUGUUAAGGUCAAAAAGUAGGGACCCUGGGUUUCACUUUUCCUUUUCCUUUUCCUUCUGGUGUGGUGUUCUUUACAUAGUAUGUUAUAGUGUUAAGGUUUAGACUUACUAUAAAUUCUUGUAAGUUUAAGUCUUCUGCAACUGGUUUUCUUACAGACAGUGCCAAUCCUUAGUGUAUUGGAUUGGUGACCAUUACGCUCAUUUGCCUUCAGUAGCAGUAAAGCUCUGCGGGAUGAAAUAUAAUUGCCUCUGGUCUAUUUUUUUGGGAAUUCUGCAACGUGUUUUUAAGUUUUUACUAUGCUAACUAUACGUUGGAAUUCUGCUCUGGGUCAGUAUUGAGUAGAAUUCCAUGACACAUAAUUCCAUCCCUGACAUGCCACCUAAGCAGCUCUUGCUUUCCUCCUCAGAUCUUUGUACGCGUCUGCAUGAAGGUGGAUUAUGGCCGCUUCCCCGAUGGAAAAGACACCCUGGACAGUCUGUGCCAGCGGUAUGAGGGCAUCCACGUCAACUUCAACACUCAGGAGAUGACCUGCACUGUCAAAGGCUCCUUUGUGGAGUUGCAGGCCUUCAGCUGUGAGCUGCUGAGGUGCCUCAACAGCAAGCAAAGGGCUGGCGUUCUCUUUGCGAACGGAGGCAGAUCGGCUGAGAAGGCUGCGGGAGAUGGCGUCUCACACCAGGAGGAGACUCGGGCAGAGAAGAAGAGGAAGAAGAAGAGGGACGAGGAGGAGAAGGCUGCAGCAGGCCCAUUACAAGUCCAGGAGUCGGCAGAGAGCCUCAUAGAGCCCCUGGAGGACUUCUCGUUAGCAAUAGACUCAGACAUCUACCUCUACAUGCAGAAGUUCUGCGGUGAGGAAUUGGGCAACAUUUUCCACAAGCAGCAGGUGGGUGUUGUGGACGUCCACAGCGACGGCAUCACCACCCUCUACCUGCGAGCAGCAUCCAAUGGGGCUGGGGGGGUUAGCGCCCUAGUUUCGGCUCACCUGGCACUCUCCCAGCUUUCUCAGCAACUGGAGGGCACCCUGCGGAAAGAGAAGGUCAACAAGCGAGAUUUGGGGAUCGGUGGCGGCGGGAGUUUUCCAGCAGAGCUGCAGAGCCUCUACCCUCUGCUGCUGAUCCAGGAAGAGGAGGAGGAUUUCUGCCUCAUUGGGAAUUUGGCGGAAGUUUCCCAAGCCAAGCGGCACAUCCAGGAACUGAUUGCCGCAAGGGGGGCAGCGCAGGAUCACCGGAGACCCGGCGUUCCCCAGGCAGCGUACCUCCAGGGCCCUAGCUCUCUGCCAGCUCAGCUAGAGUCGCCGGCGGAGUCUGUGCCUAGGAAGCUGAGCUCACCAAAGCCCAACAGCAAAGCCGAGCCCAAGCUGGCUGCCACCUUUUCAGGUCGGGGUAGCCUACCGGCAUGGCUGCCAGCUGCUAGCUUGUUUCCAGCCACAGAACGCCCGGCUCCAGAGAGCGAGCGCUCCCUGCCGUUUUUGUCCACUGCUGCUGAACCAAAGAGCCAGAUCAGGCAAACUCUGGAAUUCCAGAAAGCACUGCAAGGGAUGAAAGCAGAUCACUCGUCGUCCUCACCUGCAGGCACCGUGUCGAGUUCCGAGGGCUGGGCGAGCCUCGGUCUCACAGAGCCUCCAUCCCUCCCUGCGGUCACGAGCGCCUUCAGAUCCUUGAACCUGUUUGACACCACGGGGGCUGCCGACUUCAGAGUUUCCGAACCGAGGCCCCACCUCAGAAGGUCCAGCAGCCUCUCGCUGCAGAAGUCUCUGAGCGGCAAUAAGUCCAUGCCUGAGCCCUGGCUUGCAGCUCACAUCAGUGCAGCCCAUCUGAAGCAGGAGUCUCAGGAAUAUCCCCACCGUACUUUGCAGAAGGAGGUCAGAAAGGAUGGGUUGACACAGGUGGAGUACAGCCAGGAAAUGGAGUCUCCAAUUGCCAAACAAAGGCACUCUUUGCACGCCGUCCAAAGCGAUAACGGGAGUCCUUCAGGCAUGCAAAAAGCAGAGGCCCUCGCAGAGUCUUGUGCUUACAUUUACGACAGCUUCACCUACACUGAGCUGGCCAUGGAUGGACCAGAGGAUGAGGCCCUGGGUGAAUUGUGUAGGUACCUGAAAAAUUUCGACGACCGCAUUGUCGUCAGCCGGGACAGGUACAAGCUGGGCCUUAUGUACCCCCGCGAGGAGAAGUUGCAAGUUCUGGAAGUGUUCCGCUUGUUCUCUGCCCGCAGGAUGGCUGCCCUAUCCAAGCAGACUCCCUUCCGUGAUGGGAAAAUUCAGGGCGAGACAUCAGCUGCAGGGAGCUCUCAGCAGCCGAAUGGGAGCAGGAGAGCCAGCCUGCUAGAGAGCUCCCUUGGCCCGGACAGCCUUGCCGGAGACACACCGCCCUCCCUGGCUCAGAGACAGGGCAGCGGUUUCCAGCCUGCGCUGGUGCAGAAUUUCCCAAGUGACCACAGAGCAUGGCAGAGUGAGGCCCUCGACCAAACCCCGGGUGCCAGCAAACAAGGCCGCUCCAGGAGACUGUUGGCCGAGAGCAGGCAGGGCUUGCCAGACAAGUUCCAUUUUGCGAGAGACUGCAAUAAGGAGGGGAGCAGCCAGGAAGCAGAGAGGGCCCCGCUGGGUUCCUUGCCUGCCCUGCCGCUGCACGCUUCUCCCCCAGCUGGAGAGGGGGUCGCCUCAGAUUUGGGCCUGAGAACCGCCAGCCUAGGAAGCGAGUCGGCGGCUGAAGAGUGUGUGCUGUGCCAAAACAGCCACCCUGCCCCGUCCCAUGCCCCCUGCCCCCACAAGCCUUGCAGGGCGCGAAUCCCGGGAGGGAGCGCUUCACUAACUCACCCUGGCACCUCCGCUGGCAUUCCUGGAACCUUUGGAGCUUCCACCAUAUCCCAAAGCCUCCCUGGGUAUAUCCGAGAUCCGACACUCAAAAUAACAUACAACGUUCCUGACGGCGUGCAACAAGUAAGUACCCAGCUGCCUGCUCCCUCUGUUCCGUCCCAUCCCAUCUUCGAUAAUUGUCAAGCUGCAUUUGAACCCUGCAAUAUAUGCUCCCUAUUGCAUUUUGCAAAGGUUAUGGGUCCCGCCAGCAGGAGGGAAAGUCAGGGGGUCUCAUCCUAAACUGGCACCCAGCUUACCUACUUAACAUCUUGCAGACUCUGUAUUUAACCUUCCGUUUGUGUUGCGUUAACAGAUUAUAUGUGGGAGAAUGUGAAUUGAAUUGGGGAGUGGGUGGCGCUGUGGUCUAAGCCACAGAGCCUCUUGGGCUUGCUGAUUGGAAGGUCGGCAGUUCGAAUCCACACGACAGGAUGAGCUCCCGUUGCUCGGUCCCAGUUCCUGUCAACCUAGCAGUUCAAAAGCACACCAGUACAAGUAGAUAUAUAGGUACCGCUGUGGCAGGAAGGUAAACGGCAUUUCCAGCGCUCUGGUGUCCGUCACGGUGUCCCGUUGUGCCAGAAGUGGUUUAGUCAUGCUGGCCACAUGACCUGGAAAGCUGUCGGUGGACAAAUGCCAGCUCCCUUGGCCUGAAAAGCGAGAUGCGUGCCGCAACCCCAUAAUCUCCUUUGACUGGACUUAACCAUCCAGGGGUCCUUUAGCUUUUAGACUCAGUACUUAACUUUUCAUUUGUGUUGCGUUAACAGAUUAUAUAUGAGAUAAUGUGAAUUGAAUAGCCAUUAGGAAUAAUGUCAGUUGAACAGCACAUGUGCAUAACAACCAACAAUUGUGCACAUUCUCCAGUCAGUGUGCAAAAAUCUCCAGCUGGCCUUAAGGAAUGUGUUUUAUCAGGACAGGGUUUUGUAUAUUCUUUAGAUAAUAUGUGUCAAAGCUGCCUCAAGUCUCAGCUCACAAAAGACCAACGCCUAUGUUUUCUUAUAUACAAAGGUGUUUAUUGCAGUUCAUGGUUUGCUUGACAUCCUAGGCGCGCAGCCUUACGUCUCUUACGCUUAGACCGCUGAAGUCCCCUCUGAAUCCGUCCCUCCCCUGCACCAAUUUAAGAGGCUUGCGCUGCUCCACCUCUUUCUCUCCUUCCUUUUCCGCAGGGUCCUUCUGCCCGCUGGGGUUUCGCCCCUCCUGGAUUCCUCUGACGCUGAAUCCCCAGACUGCUCUUCCCCCCUCCUGCGGGCUUUGGGACCUGGCCCCUCCUCCGGGCUCCCUGUACUUCCGCGCGCCUCUACAUUUGAACUAGGCGCGCGCGCCAAACCUCUAACUUUCCUUUUGACAGUUACACUACUCCCUUCACUGCUCCCCUCCCCUUCCGGAAGGGCGGCUUGCUCUGACCUCCCUCCUUUCUCUGCUCCCGGAGCUGCUUCCUCUGACACACUGGAAACUCCACCCCCUUCGCUGCACUCUGGUGGGGAGGCUGGUCCUGACGCUCAGCUGCCACUUUGGGAUCCUCCGCUGGCCCCCUGCUCCUGACACGUCCCCCCUGGGGCUCCCCUGGCCUUAACCACCGGCUCCCCAUUCUGGGAAUCCUCUGAUUCGCUGGAAAGACUCAUGGAAUCUCUUGAGUCAUUGUCAUCCUCUUCCUCGCUGGCUUGGAAUUCCUCCCCAUCGCUCUCCAUCUCCUGCCUACCCUGUGCCUCUCUCCCUGAACCCCUGACAAUAUGCAUAAUCCCUAUGACUCAUCAGAGAAUCCGCGCAUGUUGGCAAAAUCGCUUAUACCGCCCAGUCAAUAUACACGGUCUCCAAGAUACAACAGCCUUGGUUUCUGUUGCUCGUUAAUGUAGUCUUUUCAAGGUUUCACAACUCGAUACAACUGGGUGUGGGCCUAUCAGAAAUCUUUCAGCUUGAAAUAGAUUGUAUGCAUAGUCUCGGAAGUGAUGUUAGAGAAUGAGGUAUUGUAAAUAUGUACAAUGACUGGUUGUUUUGUGCAUCAGCUGCUCAGUUCAUCUUGCACCUAAUAUAUGUGUGUGUGUGUGUGUGUGUGUGUGUGUGUGUGUGUGUGUUUUAGGGCGGUUCCUGUGCACGGGGCACUGAGCUGAGGGGGUGCAAAAUUGAGAAGUUCCAUAGUUGAGAAGAUCCAUUUGGGGCUACCAAAUUUUGACCUCACGCUGGGUGCCAUAUUACCCAAGUCGGUCCUUGAUUACAGCAAGCUCCAGAAUGCCUUUUAAAAAAAUAAAAGUGUUAAAGUUUAUAUCCCAGCUUCCCUUAAAGAAGUUCAAGGCGUUCCCAUUUGUGAGGUCGGUUAGGCUCAAUACUAAUACAGUGGAAAUUCAUGACUAAGUGGAGAUUUGAACCUGUUUCUUCCCAGCCCUCUGCAAAGAGCCAUAUUUUGACGCCCUGUUCUGUGUGUCUCAUAUAAUCUGCGCGUGGCUACCUUCUUCUUGAGUUAGAAUUCCCUGCCGGUAAUUCUAAUUGCUGGCUGAAUCUCCCACAGUCUGAUCCUCUGCUCUGAAUGAGCAGCGUGGUUCCAGGUCCUUUGCCAGCAACUCCAAGGUGGUGGCGAAACAACAUAGCGAUGCUUCUUUUGUACGGAAGACUUUAUAGAUGCUGCCCUAGAUGAAAUUUAGAUGUUGCAGCCGGGCAUAGCAGGAUUCCAUAGCAUCAGUAGCUUGUUUUCACAUAAAUUUGUUUUGCUAUCUAUGAGGAAGGAGCGUUGGAAUGUUCAGCAGCUGCAUUCUGCUUUUGAUGAUAUUGCAGAGGGUGGAUGGAGGCAGACAUUAAAGGUAAAGGGACCCCUGACCAUUAGGUCCAGUCACGGACGACUCUGGGGUUGCGGCGCUCAUCUCGCUUCAUUGGCCGAGGGAGCCGGCGUACAGCUUCCAGGUCAUGUGGCCAGCAUGACUAAGCCGCUUCUGGCGAACCAGAGCAGCGUACGGAAACACUGUUUACCUUCCCUCCAGAGCAGUGCCUAUUUAUCUACUUGCACUUUGACGUGCUUUCGAACUGCUAGGUGGGCAGGAGCAGGGACCAAGCAACGGGAGCUCAACCAGUCGCGGGGAUUUGAACCGCCGACCUUCUGAUCGGCAAGCCUGUAAGGCUCAGCGGUUUAACCCACAGCGCCACCCGUGUCCCAUUACUCCUUGCCUAUGUUCACUUCACACCUUUUAGGAUUUUUGUUGGGGGGGCAGGCUUUUUUUGGGGGGGGAGAUCAGUUUUAUAUUGAUUUGUAAUGGUUUUUGCUUAUUUGGGAGGCAACUGCCCCCUCUAGACUACGCCCAUGGGAGGAGCAGAGGAAGGAAGAAAGGUUGGAAGGGGGCCACGGUCGGAAAAGGGUUGUGAAACAUUGGUCUGUCAUACCCUUUCCUCCGUCCUCUUUCUAUUCUUACCAUGCUCCAUCCUGCACCAGUUCAAAAUUAUCUCUUCUUUGAAAACCGAAUACAGUGGUACCUUGGGUUACAUACGCUUCAGGUUACAGACUCCGCUUACCCAAAAAUAUUACCUCGGGUUAAGAACUUUGCUUCAGAGAAGCAAACAGAAAUCGUGCUCCAGCGGUGCGGCAGCAGGAGGCCCCAUUAGCUAAAGUGGUGCUUCAGGUUAAGAACAGUUUCAGGUGAAGAAGGGACCUCCAGAACGAAUUAAGUACCGUAUUUUUUGCACCAUAACACUCACUUUUUUCCUCCUAAAAAGUAAGGGGAAAUGUCUGUGCGUGUUAUGGAGGGAAUGCCUACGGGUGGCAUGCCUACGGAUUUUCCUCCUCUAAAAACUACGUGCGUGUUAUGGUCGAGUGCGUGUUAUAGAGCGAAAAAUACGGUACUUAACCCGAGGUACCACUGUAUUUGCAGAGAUAAGGCAGUGCAAUGGCAUUCCAGCCCCUUAAUAUGAAUGCCCUGGGAUUAAGCUCAGCUUUUGGGGAGUUCCUUUCCACUACACACAGAGAGAAGAGACAGAGACAAGGGACUUGCAGGUGACGUCGUCAUCUUUCUGUUCAAGUUUGGUUGUUUUUUUUUUUUAAAAAACCCCUCUUCUUCCCAAAGGCUGGAAACCCUUUCCCAGGACAUCCGUACCGAGGGGGGCACUUUGAGGCCUUUCUCCCAGACAACGCAGAGGGCCGGCGGUUGAUGGUACUCCUGCACAAAGCAUUUGAGCGCGGUCUGACGUUCCGUAUCAGAUCCUGCGGUUUGGAGGAGAGGGUGACUUGGGGACCCAUCCCCCACAAGACCUCCAUGGAGGGGGGCAAGGCCAGGUACCGUAUUUUUGCUCCGUAAGACGUACCUAACCAUAAGACGCACCUAGUUUUUAGAGGAGGAAAACAAAAGAAUUUAUAUUCUGAAUGAAACAGUGGGUGUAUGAUUUUUGUGGUUCAUGCUGUGGCCACAGACACGUGAUUUGACCGUGAGUUUGGGGUAGCCAAAUGCAAAAAUCUUGAGAAUCCAUGUGAAUCCGUGCUUUGUAACCACGUUUUUGCGUCAUUGCGGCCCCAUGAAAAACAGUGGGUGCGUGAUUUUUUUGGGUGCAGGCUGUAGACAUGGACAUGCUAUGUGAUCUGAUGGUGAAUUUGGGGUGACCCAGUGCAAAAAACCUGAGGAUCCAUGGGCUUUUACCUCCCCCUUCCCAGACAGCCUCCUUUAUUGCUAGCCUCCCUUGUCUCUCUCCCCAAUCGCUUACUGAUCAACUGCUUCCUUUCAACAGUCCAUUCCCUCUUGUUUGCCUUAGUGUCUUUUCCUUAGCUGGAGCAGUUUUUUGCUCCUCCUUUUCUUCUAAUUUCUCUCCUCAAUGCUUUAGUCUUCCUGUCUCCUCUCCUUGCAAGUUCUCUGUCUUUACCUCCCCCCUCCCAGGCAGCCUCCUUUAUUGCUAGCGUCCUUUAUCUCUCUCCCCGAUCGCUUGCCAUCAGUGGCUUUGUUUCAACACCCACUUCCCUCUUUCAAAAAAAAAAAAGGAUGAUCUGCUUUUUGCCCCUGGGCAAUUCAGCUCCAGGGACCACACAUUCGCUCCAUAAGACACACAGACAAUUCCCCUUACUUUUUAGGAAGAAAAAAGUGCGUCUUAUGGAGCAAAAAAUACGGUAGGUGUUCUAUGGGUGGCCAGGGUAGUGAUGUUCAGCAACCUCCCACAAGGCCUCAGGGGUGGCCUUGUGAGGUCGACAGGAAAGGGACGACAAAGGAACUCUGGAAUUUGAAGAAUGGGGUUGCCAGGACAGGAAAGGAAUCAGAGGCGGGUGCGUCCGAGGAGGAAGGGUGUUGAGGGGAGAGGAUGAUCAUAGAAAGCCUUAAACCAAGGAUGGCCAGUGGAAGAACCUCUCUCCCUGGCUGGUGUUUCCAGCAGCCGCUGUUCAAAGAAGCACUGCUGCCUCUAAUGAUGGAGGCACAACAGAGCCGAAUGUCAGUGUGAAAGGAAUGCAAAGAUCGGCCUUUGUAGUGGGAAAAGGCUUCUAGACGUUAUGGCAGGUGCAAAGAUAUGCUUGGCAGCAUAUAGGCAGUUCCUGCUAAAAUCCCCAAAGCCAGGGAAGUUGCAGAACAAUUUCCCCCCCCCGUUGAGGGAUGGGGAGCUUCGGGUUCUCCCUUUUCCUUCCCCUAGCAUGAAUUAUGCAGAUUUCCUUAAUUUACAUAAUGCAUUACAGGCCAGGGAAAAGGGAUCGGGCCUCUUGUGCACAAUUUCAUUUUAUUCCUUAGCAUGAAGCAAGCACACAAUAUUCUUAGUGUUUUUAAGUGCCGUCUGUUUCCAAAUUUUCCAUCUCGUGGGGCAGGUAUUGUAAAUCUUUAGACUGCGGCACUGUGAUCCCAUGCUGCGCCUUGUGCAGAGCUCAGCCACUUUUCUCCAGCUGCUAAGCCCUUCGUUUCAUGGUAGAGAGACACUGGGCAAUGUUCGCUUGUCAUCUCCCUGUUUUCUAGGAAUUUCAGCUGAGAAUUUCAGCUUUGCAUGGGGCCCCUGUGCUUAAACCAUUCCAUCCCCUGUUUAGUGUCUUCCAUGAGAUCCUUCACAGGAUAACCCAGUUGGAGCGGUGGAAUAUAUAUGCCACGGUUCCAGGAAAAGGGUUGCACUGAAUGGCUUCAUCCCACAGCCCACACCUGGUUUGCUUCUUUGCUUGCAGAAACGGCUACCCAGACAGCCAAUACCUCCAGCAGCUGAGUCUGAAGCUGAAAGAGCUGAACAUCGAAUGAAGGCCAACCCUCCUCCAGGCACCUUGGGAGCUCAGCAGCUUCCCCAUCUUCCAAAGCCCAUGCUUGGCAUCUUGAGGAAUUUGCCAAAAGACACACUCAAUCCUUAAUCAGGAUCUUUCCACCAUUAACGUCUCCCAGCACUUCUGCCUUUGGUCUUCCGGGCUUCUUGCUACAUUCAGAGCACCUGAAGGCCUUUCCACGCAAAGGGAUCUUGACACGAGGACUUGCUGUUUCGUUGUUCUUCUGUUGUAAGAGAAUGUCAGGAGUGCAUGCAGGAGCCGGGCCCUGUGACCAGUAGGGCUUCGCAGGACUGGGGCCUUCUUAAGUUUGCUCUGGAGAGGCAAGGCACGGCCGCACAGGUGAGGCCACUUGGUAACUCACUGCACCUGGUAGCUAGAGCCGGAAGGGAUAUAAGGUCACCUUUCCCUUUGGCUCUUUACCACAGCAACACGUUUCCUGCCUUGCUGAGUUUGGCUUCGUGACUCCUUGCUUCUUGAUCCUCAGACCCCUGACUUCCUGACUCCUUGCUCUCUGACACUUGGACUCUUGGCUUCCUGACUCCUGGCUUCUGGACUCUCGUUCCUGCUCCCACCCCGCCAUCUUGCCCCCGGUCCUGACGUCCCCAGCUGGGCCUUCGAUCGCCCGUGAACCGGACUGUGACAGAGAAGCUCUUUGACAUGAGUGCUGUUCACAUGCCUUCUGAAGGGGUACAAGUCACAUGAGAGGACUGAUGCACUUGCUUUGGUGGUGUACUCAACCAAGCAGUCAUAAGAUGCCAUGACAUUACUAAUAGGUCAUGCCACAGAGUCUGAGGGAGCUCCCUGUCCUGGCUCCUGCCGCAAAACACGCAAGCAGAGUCUUUUACUUGGAAGUAAGAAAUAGAUUUGUAUACGGGCCCAGCAGCCGUGGUUCAGGAGCAGGGCAAGUAGUUCAGAACUGGAUUUAAGUGGCAUAGAUGUCCCAACAAGUUUCCAGCCCCUGCCCGCCAAGCUUCUAAAGACUAGAGGCUGAUGUAAGUGCUCGCGUGGAAGGACUCGCUCGCCAUGUGGAAAUGUCAGAAUUGCAAACACAUGCUCUGUUGGGGUGGGUGGAUUGCUCCUAUUCGCAAAGGCAGCAACUGGUUGUAAGGUGACAGGGCUGCCCAGCCAUUCCCAAUCUUUGCAGAGGCUCUCUGAUCUGCAGGAAGGUCAGGCUGGGAGUGGGAAGAGCUAGAAUCCCUCCUUCCCCUUGGGGAAGAAAGGAGAGAUCCCGCUCCCCACUGGCUUUCUCCUUCUCCUGCAUCAGAGCCCACCAGGCAGGCGUUUAUGUAACAGCAAUUCUCACACAAAAGGGAAGGGGGCAAGGAAGUGGGAUGAAGGCCUCCCUUGCUCAGGUCCCCUUGCAAGCAUUGAAAGCAGUAAGUUAUUUGUGCAUGUGAUUCGGUGCCAGGCCUAAAGCUACACUAUUACUGGGAGAAGAGGACAAAGGAACGUGGGGAGCCUCUCCCAGGCCUUCAGAUCUUGGCGUUGUGAUCUCGCUCCUAGCCUUGCAGGGAGAAUUGUCCUCUGGCAGGGAGGGGUUAAAAAGCAAACACAUACAGUAGACCUGCCACUUACUGGUAUGCAUUCAGUUUGACACACCUGGCAAGUUGCGGUUCUACUGUAAAUAAAAGCUCUUGUCCUGUGUCUCCACUUGUGCCUUGUAGCUUGAGUGUUUGAGAAACUUGCAAAUAAUUCUCCUGCCUUGCUUCCUUCUCCAUGGUGACCAGGUUGCCCACAUUGCAAGGUUUGCUUAUCUUUAAAUGCGGCUGUAACUGUAAUGGACCCUGUGUUGCACCAAUAGACCAAAUAUAUACCUUAGAACAGCGCUUCUCAAAUGUUUUUCCAUGUACCACUCAAAAAAUAGCUGAUGGCAGACAACUGGUCUGCCUGUUAUAGAAAUCAUAACACACUGUGCUGGGUGCUGUAUGAAUUUGAUUGCAUUUCCGGUUUUAAUGUGUUAUCGCAUUACAAUUGCAUUCCAUAGAAUUCAAAUUGUAAUACAAUAUGCGAAGAAUAAAAGCAAUAAGAUUACAAAUAAAAACCAAUAUGAAUAUGUAACACAGACAUGUUGUGGGCCGUAUGAACGAAGUUUUCUGCCUUAGAAAGUUGCAAGACGAAAGUUGAACUCCAGAAUCUAUUCCAGGCUUCCUCAACCUCGGCCCUCCAGAUGUUUUGAGACUACAGUUCCCAUCAUCCCUGACCACUGGUCCUGCUAGCUAGGGAUCAUGGGAGUUGUAGGCCAAAACCAUCUGGAGGGCCAAGGUUGAGGAAGCCUGAUAUUCUGAAUGCAAGGACACAGCACCUAGAAAUUGUGAAGUUAUAAUAAAGAGACGUUUUAUUUUUAUCCUGCCUGCCCAGAGUUUUAUAACUCUUCCUUUGGAUUGUCUUUUUUUCUGAACCCAAAAUGUGCCAAGUCUUUCUUCACAUGUAGAGUACCAUUAUAUUAUUAUUUCCCCCCCAGUUGGCAGAUGUGGUAAGUUACAGCCAUGUGAAUAUCAGUGCACAUACUCCUGCACCUCUCCCUGCCAGCUGUGGAUCUGGAAACUUUCUGAAACUUCCCAGAAAACGCAAAUAAAGGAUUCUCAUUCUUGGCUGCAAAGCUCAGAGUGAAUAACCACCAAGCUGCUUUUGAAUGAAUGGAAGAGCUGAAGAUCACAAGACAACGCUUGUCUUUCCUUUUCGUUAUGCUUUUAAUGAACACCCAGAAAACACAUAAGGCAUAUGGUAACAUUAGGCAGACUAGCAUUUCAUGUCUGAAAUCUGUGUAAACAGCAUUGGCACAUUUGCGUGGUCGACGCACACGCGCACACACACACAUACACACACGUGCGCAAGCAGAAAAGAGCGAGCUUCUUUCGAAACACCAUACGAGACUUUUGAAGAAGCGCCUUGAACCAUAAGAAAACACACAAGCUGCUCAUCACGAACUAUCAAAAGAGGAACGAAUGGGACAUUGUGCCACAGCCUGCAGUGAUAGGGACUGCGGCCAUGUGCCCUGGCUGCUAACUGCCCUUCGUUCAGCAGAGGCGCCCCAGGCCUUAAGGGUAUCUGGCAACAUUAGUGGUGGCUCCACAGGUGAUUUGAGCUGUAUCAGGCAUACCUGCCGAUGACCGUAACGCCUGGAGGCUCCUCACUUGUCACUCAAGACGACACCACACAAAAACACAAACAUGCAAAUAAAAUGUAUUGACACAGGCAGGGCCUUCCUUGCAUCUUCCCCCCCUCCCUCGACCACCUCGACUCUCGUUUUCCCUUCCACCAUCUCUCACGCAAUGUUCCUUGUUAACGUUUUCGCGAGCCAAGCUCAACCCAAUCCACAACUUUGAGAACAUUUUGGGGGGAAGAGCGGCACAGAUGCAACUCUUCAAAUUCUGAAGGACGUUUACGCCAAGUCUGGUGUGUCCCGCCAAUCUGCCUGUAGGAUCAAUGUUCUUUUAUCGCAGAGUUGAAAAAUCGAGUGCUUUUAACCCACCCCCAACUCCCUCCACCACCAAAAGAGUUACAGAUGACACUAUGAAUAGGAACAUCGUAAAAAUGUGGAUUAGGCAACUGUGAUUUUGAUAUUUUGCAAGGAGGCCCACCGUCGAGAGGAUUUUCUGGAUAAAAUCCGUGCUCAGUUGAGUUUUACCUCAGGCACCAACACAGGUGCUAGUUUUGGCACAUGAUGGUUUUGUUUUAUUUUUAAAUCACUCUGAGGCAACUUUGCCUCUCACAUCUAUGUUGUGUGAAUGGUUCCUUACAUGGUGGGAACUGGCGCUGUCCAUGCCUCACCAAAAUGCGUCAACCUGUAGCUCACAUGGGGGCCAGUAGCUUAGGAAGGCAGUGAAACUGAGAUAGCCUCAUUGCCUUCAGUAAUAGCUUGGGUGUGGUGUUGUGCUUAAAGUCCAUUGAGCUGGAGGGGAGAAGGGGUGAGAAGGCACACUUGCAAUUGAAUUGUUCAGACUUUGGCCCUCCAUUAUAGCCCACCAUAUCCUAAACAGCAGCCUUCACCUGCCUCGCUUUAGCUCCAAACGCCAUUUCAUCUUAUCUCGAAACAGUGCAACGAAAAUCCAUACAGAAAACAAGAGCGUUCUUAUUGUGACGAGUUUUGCCCUUUGGAGUCAAGAAAACUCAGGUGACAGCUUAUCUUCCCCCCCAUCCCCACUUUGGUCCUUGAAGUUAAGUACAUGCAGUUUCAACAAAUUACCGUAUUUUUCGCUCUAUAAGACGCACCAGACCACAAGACGCACCUAGUUUUGGGAGGAGGAAAACAAGAAAAAAAAUAUUCUGAAUCUCAGAAGCCAGAACAAGAGGGAUUGCUGUGCAGUGAAAGCAGCAAUCCCUCUUGCUGUUCUGGCUUCUGGGAUAGCUGCGCAGCCUGCAUUCACUCCAUAAGACGCACAAACAUUUCCCCUUACUUUUUAGGAGGGAAAAAGUGAGUCUUAUAGAGCAAAAAAUACGGUAUUUUUUUUUAAGAGGGCCAAGGGCCUUUAAUACCUGUGGCCCGUUAAAAAAACAAACAAAAAACAGUUGUCUUAAACACACACUCAACACUCAUACUCUCACACAAUUAAGUCACAAAAUAAGGGGGCGUUACUAUAAAAUUCAAGAUUACAGUGUUAAUCAGCAAGGCAACAAAGAGCAAAGUUACAGUGCUUUAAGAUUGGAUGUCUCCUGUAUUUAUCUUUUAAAAAAAAACUUUAGGUACUGAGCACUAAGACAAAUCUGUGUUAAAUGUCUAGCACAAGGGGGGAGAUAUUUUACUGUUCAGGAGGAGUGUUUCAGAACUGUCAGGUGUGGGGGGAGCUGCAAAAAAAACACACAAACAGGAAGGGAAUAGGAUCAUCACUUGCUGUUGCUACGGGUUCAUGUUUUCUGGUUUUUCUAAGUGUUUUUGCACAUGGGACGAAUGCCUUUUCACCUCUCUCUUCCCAAGAGCAGUGGGAUAACCAUUUUUUAAAAAAGCUACUGAGCCAAAUCCAUGCUCCUUGUAGCUUCCUAGAGCACAUUAAUAUUCAGAAGUGGUGCUCUGGAAGAUUUAAGGCUGCAACCCUACAUAUAUUUUACCUUGGAGAAAGUCUAAUUGAGCAUCAUAAUAGGUCUUCCUUUUGAGGAGGUGUGUGUAAGAUUGCACAGAAGAAAGACUUUCUCAGCACAUCUCUGAAAAUGUCCAAUGGCUGCCAGCAAUUUGGGAUCUCGGGAGAGCUCAGCUCAAGUUCUCAGAGAGCACCACGGGUUCAUGCGCUUGCGCAGAGGCACACUGAAAUGUGCCAGCCUCAUCGCUGCUUGUGUAAAAUACAAGCCAUAAAUAUUUGUGUGUUCGCACAAGUUCCCGGCGAGAGGGAGGAGAAAUCUUCUAAACAACUCAGACCUUACUCAAUGUCUGAACAAGGCACUGGCGACAGGGUGGGGUGGAGUAACAACGCAGUAUAGAAGUUCUUACCAAGGCAAGGCAGUAUUAAACAGGAUGAGGUUACAAGAGUUUUGGAAUGCCAUCCGGAAUAAGGCACCAGGCAGCAGCAAGGAGGAAGGCAAGACAGAAAGGAGGAUAUAUAUUUUUUUUAAAAACAUGGAAUAGUGAAUUUUUGCACCAUUUCCCCUCUCUCUGUGGGAGAUGGAAGCUCCAUGUGUUAUCUUUUUUUCACUUAGCACACGGCAGAGUUGUGAGUCCCGCUGGCAAAUGUUGCAAUCCUAUGCAAACUUACCUUGGAGUAAGUCCUACUGAACUCAGUGGGGCUUACUACUGGGUGAACACACAAGUGACCCGGACUUAGAGGAGAAGAAAAGACUAUGUUGGGAGGUUCGCAGCCUCAGCAAGUCGGCAGGCAAUGUUUGUUCUUCAGUAUAGCCGCUCUCCACUGACAGCCCAUCUUGGCCUGGGUUGCAUUUGACUGAUCUGUGAGACGGUGGCUAGCCAGCCGGCCUUGCCUUACGAACAUACGCUAAUCUGUCUUGUGCCAAGUCAGAAUAUGGAGCGCCAGUGGCCAGGAGUUCACAGCUGGGAGUCUUUUGUGCCAUCAGUCUUUCCCGACAUCUUUCAACAACAGCCAGCAAGGACUGAACUUGCGACCACCUGCCUGCAGUUCAUGUGCUCCACUUUUGGCCAAUCCCAACCCUAGGGCCCUGUAAGCAUUAAUCUGACAUUUGCAAUACUCUUCGCUAAGCGUGGCAUGGUAGGAUGAAGAAUGCUUGACCCAUGCUAAAUGGCCUUAAAUCCAAGUUGCUUGAGAAGAUGGGACACAUACCCCCUAAAAAAAUAUAUAUUCCAGCACUUUACGUGGAGGGAAAGACAAUAUACCCUGGGACAAAAAUAAAAGAGGCACAGCAAGGAAAAAGAACAGAGUUCCCAGAAUCGGCUCUUUGCAACUUUUGGUUAGAAUAAUCCUCCUGACUUUCGGUUGUUAAGAUCAAGUUAUUUUCCAUGCUGAUGGUGUAAGAAACCUCCUUGCCUAGCUCACUCGCAGAAAUUGCUAAUGGACCUGUUUGUUGCGUGUGUGGGUAGCUAAAGGGAACGCCUUGAAAAACAUUGGCAUCAGCAACUGCUUCAGCAGCCAAAUGCUUGGAUGGACUGGGAAAGGCUCUUUUUGGCACUCUCACACGCUGAAGGUGCGAGAUUCAAAAUGUUGGUGCUGACCUUUAACGCCCUAAACGGCCUCGGUCCUAUAUACCUGAAGGAGGGUCUCCAUCCCCAUCGUUCAGCCUGGACACUGAGGUCCAGCUCCAAGGGCCUUCUGGCGGUUCCCUCACUGUGAGAAGUGAGGUUACAGGGAACCAGACAGAGGGCCUUCUCGGUGGUGGCACCCGCCCUGUGGAACGCCCUCCCAUCAGAUGUCAAGGAAAUAAGCAGCUAUCUUAUUUUUAAAAGAUAUCUGAAGGCAGCCCUGUUUAGGGAAGUUUUUAAUUUAUGAUGCUGUAUUGUUUUUAACACUCGAUUGGGAGCCGCCCAGAGUGGCUGGGGAAACUCAGCCAGAUGGGUGGAGUAUAAAUAAUAAACUAUUAUUUUUAUAAGGUGUGAAGUCUCUGUGACUCCCGCUACAGGGCCUAAAAGGCAGGGAUGGAGAACUCGCAUCCCUCUGUAUGUUGCUGGGUGACUGGCCAUGCUGGCUGUGACUGAUGGGAGCUCUAGCGGGCCUCCGGUUGUCUGUCCCUUCUUACCAUAAGGUAAGGUGGAAACAUUCCUGCAGGCGAUUCCUGGCAUCAAGGGUUCACCGUGAGCCAAAACACAGCCCACGCUUGUCUUCCACUCUCACUAUGGGGCUGGGAAGAGGGGGAAAGGGAACCAGGGGGAAAUGCCCAGGUUUUACUGUUGCGAUUCCCUGUACUCUUUAUCGUUUCUUUACGCCAGGCAGAGGCAGAACGCUACCUUCGGAGGUUUGCUGCCUUCACCAGGUAUGAACAUCAAGGGGAAGUGAGUUGGAUCCCUUUGGUUGGACCUAGGACAGCUUGGAGGGGAAACUCAAAACAGGCGCAAUUUUUAAGGGCCGUAUCUACUCCAUGUGUCGAGCUACAGAGUGAUGCUUUGUGGCCCGAGGACUUAAAAAGGUUGAGAGGUUUGCUGAAAUGGAAGAGAGGGGGGAAAGAAGGCUCAAAGAAGAGAUUAGAGCCCACAGAAGUGGCACAACACAGCUUAAGGCAGCACAGCGACUCAUUUUCCACACAGACCACUAACCAAAAGUGACAGGACCGGAAGCAGAAACUCUCUGCUCGUUGCAGACAACUGCUAAAUUUCGCUGCCUGUUCUCCCACAGCCUGACA